AUGAGCAACGGGAUCCACAAUAGCAAUGUGAUGGUGGGAGCGCGUGGCACCAACAGUAGCCUUUUCAGCAGCUUUGCCACCAAUUCAGCGAGCGAUGCAGGAAGGAAGACAAAAAGCCCAGAGCGCCCCUCAGACCGCGCUACAGCCGCUCACAUGCAGCAGCAGCACGCCAGGCAGACCCCAAGUGAGUGCUACAGCCGGAGUGUGCUGGGGCCCACCAGUGCCUCGUAUGUGCAGCCGAACCCCGCCACUGCCAUAGGCGCUCAUUCAGGGACGUCUGUCCCAGCCAGUGCUGCCAUAGGGGCGUCUAUCCUGGGCCCUGCCAUAGUUGACCCACAUAUCCUGGUGCCAGAGGUGAGGGAGGUGAGGGUCACCCCCUGUGAUGUGCCGGCGCAAGUGGGCGGGGUGAGAAACGAGAGUGAGAGCAACGCCCGCGAGGGCGACGCGCACGACGAGUGCGGCACGGACGACGAGUGGCUGCCUCGGUGCCAAGGCAUUCGGAGUGGUUUGGCGCCGAACCAGAGGAUCAAGAGCCGGACCAUGGCGGAGCGGCGGAGGAGGGAGAGGAUCAGUGAGGGGCUGCAGAGGCUGAGGGCGAAGUUGCGGUUUUGCCGGUAA